AUCUCCUCGCCCAUGCACCGCCGCGAAGUGUGUUAAUCCAAAUGGUAGAUCUCCUCCUCUCCUCCUCCCUCACAUCGUAUCCGAAGAAAUCCUAGAUUAUUCUUCUGGAUAAAAGGACAAUCCGAUCGGGAGAUAAUAAUCCGAUCGGGAAGGUUGUGAUCGGGAAGAUGAUGAUGGAGAAGGCGCAGGAAGGGCAGCAGCAGGGGGCGGCGGCGAGCGCGCUGGUGGUGCACAGCCAGGUGCGGCGGAUCAAGCAGGAGGAGGACGAGAAAGUGAAGGUGCACGAGACGUACCAGCACCACGUCUCCGAGAUGCGCCUCGUCCUCCGGGACCUCGGCAGGCAGCGCUCCCGCUCGCCGCUCGGCCGCGUCGUCGCGCGCCCCGCCGCCAUCUCCAUCGGCGGCGACUCCUGAAUCAGGACACCACCUCGGGGAGCCGAUCGAUCGUCUCUCCACCCGUUCCGUCGUCGUCAGGUGCUAGGAUCGAUCGACCUGUGUGGUCGAUCGGCGUUAAGAUUUUCGUUUGAUGAUGAUCGUCGUCUUCUUGGCAUGGUCAGAGUGGUCGUUGAGAUGGAUUUUUUUUUUCUGUUGUUUCUAGGGUCAUGAUGAUAUUCCUGUCUGGAUGGAUCAUGUAAAUACAUUUUACCAUUUCAUCGAAUUAGGAUGAUGUGAAAGUCUCACCGCUGCAGCUUUUGUGGGGAGAACAUAUGAAAAGAUCUUUUUGUAGGGCAGCUAUUACAGUUUUAAAAAGAUUUCUUGUGUUAACAGGGUAA